UGGGGACGGAGACGUUCCCCCCGCCGGGACGGGCAACGCUGUGGCCGUAAGAGCCCCCACGGUGCCGGGACGGGCGGCAGGAGGGGAGCAGACCCAUGAAGCUCCUCCAAGCCGGGGCACACGGCACGGAGCAGAGCUGCCCCGGCUGAGCCACGCGUGCCACCUCCAAGCUCGGGACCGCGGCCGGGAGAACCUUGCCGGGGCCGGGCAGUGCCGUGGGUGCCUGCGGGACACGGAUGCUGUAGGAAGAUGCCGUGCGGAGCCUGCGGCCGGGCGGUGCUGGCACUGAUGACCCUCUCCCUUGGCUUCGCAGCCGACGAGCUGCUGUGCGCCUGCGACGUGCCGCACUGCAGCCUGCCCACCUGCACGGGCAAGGUGUGCUUUGUCAGCAAGAGGAAGGAGGAGGGGAUCAUCACCCAGCACAGGGGCUGCUUCUCCCAGAACAUCCUGGAGAACUGCCACACGCCCGUGACGGAGCAGUACGGCAUGAGGUGCUGCGACUCCAGCAUGUGCAACGCCGAGCUGGAGAUCUUCCUGCAAGGAGAAGAGGCCCUGGGAAAGGCACCUUCCCUGCCCAACCUCCUCCUGAUGAUCCUCGUCCCGCUGCUCGCCCUCCUCGUCCUCGCGGCGCUCACGGCACUCUUCUGCUGGAAGGUGGCCCAGCACCGCCACAAGACAAGCGACUUGGGAGACACGGACCUCAUGCUGAAGGCAUCCAUGGUGGGAGACAGCACUUUAGAGGACUUGCUGAACGACGACUGCACCACAGGCAGCGGCUCGGGGCUGCCCUUCCUCGUCCAGCGAACAGUGGCUCGGCAGAUCACCCUUGUGGAGUGCGUGGGCAAAGGACGCUACGGCGAGGUGUGGCGAGGCAUGUGGCACGGGGAGAGCGUGGCCGUGAAGAUCUUCUCCUCCCGGGAUGAGCAGUCGUGGUUCCGUGAGACGGAGAUCUACAACACCGUCCUCCUCCGGCACGACAACAUCCUGGGCUUCAUCGCCUCCGACAUGACAUCAAGGAACUCCAGCACCCAGCUCUGGCUCAUCACCCACUACCACGAGAACGGCUCGCUCUACGACUACCUGCAGAGGACGGCCCUGGACGUGGAGACGUGCCUGGGACUGGCCUCCUCCAUCAUCUGCGGCCUCGUCCACCUCCACGUGGAGAUCUUCGGCACCCAGGGCAAGCCCGCCAUUGCCCACCGCGACCUGAAGAGCAGGAACAUCUUGGUGAAAAGCAACCGGCAGUGCUGCAUUGCAGACCUGGGGCUGGCCGUCAUGCACUCCCAGGGCAGCGACUACCUGGACAUCGGCAACAACCCCCGGGUGGGCACCAAGCGCUACAUGGCCCCGGAGGUGCUCAGCGAGCAGAUCCGCACCGACUGCUUCGAGUCCUACAAGAAGACUGACAUCUGGGCGUACGGGCUGGUGCUCUGGGAGAUCACCCGGCGGACGGUGGUGAAUGGCAUCGUGGAGGAGUACCGGCCGCCCUUCUUCGACGCCGUCCCCAGUGACCCCAGCUUCGAGGACAUGAAGAAGGUGGUGUGUGUCGACCAGCAGACCCCCGUAGUCCCCAACCGCCUCUUCUCCAACUCGGUUUUGUCGGCGCUGGCGAAGAUCAUGAAGGAGUGCUGGUACCAGAGCCCCUCGGCCCGCCUCACUGCCCUGCGGAUUAAAAAGACACUGAAGAAGCUGAACAAUUCCCUGGAAAAGCCCAAGCCGGAGCAGUGAGCACCGGGCACGCACCGGAGCCGCUCACGGGCUGCACCAGGGGCAGCGGCGAAGCCAACGCCGGGACGGCUCCCGGUCACAGAGGGGGUUUUGCUCGCAGCCCCCGCCUUUCCCACCCCUCCUUGGAGCCUUUUUAAUUUGCAAGGAGGGAAAAAAUAGGAAGGAGGAAAAAAAAAAAGCAAGGGAGGAAUCUUCCAGCCCGGUUACAAAAAUACCCCCCGGACCCGUCAUCUGACGCCGGCCCGUCUCGCCUGCCCGGCGGGGAUGGCAGCGGGCGCCUGGGGCUGGCAGUCCACCCCGAGCCCCCCGGCCAGACGCCACGGCCGAGGGGCGAGCAGGCGCCGGAGCCAGCACCGUCCCCUGCCGCAGCCCCCGAGCCCGGCCAGGCACCCACCCCAUCGUUGGCACCCAGUGCGGCACGCAGGCAGCGGGUGCUGCCCAAACCUGCCUGCCCGGCACGUUGGCAGGAAGGAUGCCGCAGGCUCAGCGGUGGCAGCAGGAAUUCCCCGGCAGGGCUGCAGUGCCCGGCGCGCCUCUCGCCGAAGGAAGUCUGGAUUUCGCUGGGAAAGGAUGGUCCAGGGGCAGCAUCCCCCUGGCCGGACCAGAUCCGCACCCCGGCAUGUCUCGGGGCUCCCCAGGAUGAGGAGCUGCCGGCACCAACCAGGGCCCAAGCAUCCCCCGUGCUGCAGGGACCCACCGAGACAGGGUUCCCGCAGCCGUGGUGGCCUGAUCCUUCCCUGACGAGCAGCCGUCAGUUCCCCUUUCCAAGCCCUUUUGGUCUUUGCCAACAUUUUGGUGUUUUCCUGGGCAUUUCGGUGCACCCUGCGGCCGGCUCCAGCCCGCACCGCUCGCUGCCAUCCCCAAAACCACCCCGCGUUCGGGGCUGUUCAGACAGGACCAGGAUGUUCAGCAGAACCAGCUUUGCUCCAUAAUUAUUUAAUUAUUAAGAUUUAAUAUAUUUAAUAAAGUGUAAAGCUAUUUUAUCGCUUAACAGCUGCCAAACCUCCCCCACUGGGCACCGGGCAAUGCGGCAGGAUGGGACCCCGCGGCCCGGCGCUUCUGCAUGGCUUAAUUUAUUGCUUCAACACCGUGUAGCUGCCGCGUAUCGCUCCGGCACCGCCGGAUCCCGCAAUAAACCUCGC